UCAAAUAACAACUUAAAAUCCCAUCAAAUAAUAACUUAAAAUCCCAUCAAAUAACAACUUAAAAUAAAAUCUCAUCCCUCCCCUCCCCCCCUCCCUUUAAACCGAAACAGGUACGCCGAAACUCCGCAAUUACACUGUCCCGAAAAGAGGUACUUCGGGGGGAUGGAGCGUCAGGGGAACAGCGAAAACAUCGUCGACGGGGACAAGGCUGUUUGUUUAUCCCCCCGGUACAACAUCACGCCUGGGGACUGUCUCGUGUAUUCCUUCGGCAUCGCAGGGGACUGGAGCUUCGAUGAUGCGAUGGCCGAGUAUGGGUGUCAGGUGUACUCUUUCGACCCGACCAUCGGCCUGGAGGACCACCAGCGCUCCGAGAGAGUCCACUUCUACAACCUCGGCCUCGGGGGAGCCAACC